AUGUGCCGUAGCUUUAGGCGGUUCGUGGGGGCAAACGGCGGCACAAAAGGGGCUGAGAAUGGAGUGGGGUGGUCGCCGGAGGGAGGGGGAGCUAAUGGGCUAGGCGGCGCCGCGGCGGUGGGCUGGGCGAAGAGGAGAAAUGGACGGAGAGAGAAGAGAGAGGACUUCGCACGCUGGAGAGAUCGAACCGGCUCGAGCCAGCAAGCAAUAUUGAAGUUCUCAGAGGAGAAGUACAAGAAAGUGUUGCCACCCAAUUUCAAGAAAGUCCUCUAUAUUCAGUUAAAGAGGUUUGUCAAGUCUGAGAGGCUUGUGAAAAUCAAGAACUCCUUCAAGGUUUCCUCCACCGAGAAGGUCAAGUUGGCGGUCAAAGAGAAAGCGACCCACAAAAAAGAAAAUAACAGCACUAAAACUAGGAAGGUUGUAACCCCCAAGAAGAUUGCAGAGAAGAAGGGUGUGAAGACCAAGAGGCUCAGUCAGGUUAAGACCUCGGAGAAGAACCCUAAGAAGAUUAAGGAGAAGAGCUUGAUGCCGAUAAAGAGGAAGGCUCCAAAGCCACAGGGUUCGUCCAAGCCGGCUAAAAAGUCUAGGAACUAG